AUGUCUAAGGCGGCAGUAAUUCCUGGAUGCAGCAAAGACAUUGGGGGCAUAAAAGAAGAGAUUUCACUUUCCCCACCUGAUAAAAAAGACGGAGCUAUUGGUUUGUUUAGUCGACUACUUCGUUUAGAUACUUUGAGCAAAAGAAACAGCACUCCAGAAAGUCUUACUGUUACGGAAGCAAACACAACAUAUUAUGGAGUCUACAUACCUUGUGAAAUCAAGAAAGGCCCUGAUGAAGAAGCAUUGCAUGUAUAUAAAAAUAAGUCUGAGGCAUUAGAAUUGGUGCGAAGAUACAAAUCUGCAAGAUUCAAAAUGUUUAGAAAUCACCAAGACGCUGUUUCAUUUGCCCUAAGAGGAGCAGAACCAACAGAUGUGCCUGAUGGCAAUAGCAAUUCCCUAAUGGGCGAAAAGCCGUAUCCCUUCAAGGCCCCCUCGCCCCAAGACAUGGUCUCCUUAAGGAAGGCUAUCGAGUCUGGCCUCGCGUGCACUGUGCGGGAUCGAAUCUGGGACAAUCCCCGUUACCUUGUCAGCAGCGGGAACACGCCAGCUAUCAUGCAGGAGGGUUCGAGGUACAAUGCCCUGCACAUCGCAGCCAAGGCGAUGAACGCCGAAAUCUGCAACCUGAUCCUGACAACGGUCGGCAACCCUUCCUUCGUGCAGACCCUCUACGGAAUGGACGCGGAUCCCGAAUCUUGCAAGGAGUUCUCCUCGAUCCUGGUUGACCGCUACCUGAACACGCCCGACAAGGCGAUGAACGAGACGCCGCUGCACUUCGCGGCGAAGUUCGGCGCCGACGCGGUGGUCGACGUGCUCACCGCCUUCCCACAAUGCAACACACUCGCGGCCAACAAAUACGGCGAGCAGCCCAAGGACAUAAUCUGCAACCGGGCGUCCAGCGCCCCGCCCGAUGUGGCGCGGAGGAUACUGGGCAUGCUGCAGGAGCGGUUCUACGUGCCGGUGCUGCACUCUGAGGACGGCAGCGCCGAGCCGACCAUCGGCCGCCCCUUCACGCCCGCCGCGCCCCCCGAAAUCAACAGCGACCCGCUGAGCCCGCGCUUCGAGAUCCGCGCGUUCGCUGGCCCGAUGGCGUCGCGCGACGCGGACGUGUUCCGGCGCAGGUGGAAGACGCCGCCGCGCGCCUCCUUCCGCCUGGCGGAGAUGACCAAGGGCCUCGAGACGGUCGGCAGGAAUCUAGCGGAGCAGAUGAAAGUGGGCUGGAAGGAGUACUGGCCGUUUUUGGACACCUUCACCGAUUUGCGAACGAGCGAAGGUCUGACGCUGUUGGAGAACUACCUGAAAGCGAAGUACGAGUGCGCGUGCUCGUUCGCGUACAGCGACAGCCGCGCCCAAUCGCGGCGAUCGCCCGACCUGUCGCUGUCCAGGAUAAGCGUCGGCAGCGUCUCGCCCGACACGGCCCGGAACUCGCUCAGCCCCAUGAGCGAGCUGUGCGCCGCAAUGGACACCUGCCGGAUCUCCGAUAGACCGGUCUACUGGCAGAGGACGGACCCGGUCAGACAGCGCCUCUGCCGCCAGCCGGGCCCGAGCCCCGCCAACGGACGCACCGCCAGCCGGCUGCUCUGCAUCGAGCGCACCUGCCAGGUCUUCGCGAAGCGGGUCGCUGACGCGCUGGUCUUCUCGCUAACUGCGGGGCCAAACCCCAACGGGCUGAAGUCAGAGGCGAGGCACCUGCAGCACACGAUCAGCACGUACAUGGAGGACGAGCGCUUCGCUAGCGUCGACUUUGGGCGGACGCACGCUCGGCUGGCGCAGCUGGUCGCCGCCCAACUGGGGCGCGGGGGUCAGCCGGAGCUGGUCGACGUGCUGCGCUCCUGGAGCGAGGACGUCGGCGGGGACGAGGAGCGGCGCGGCGGCGGGGCGGGGGCGGUGGAGGGGCACGCUCGCUGCCUCGCCGGCUUCGUGGCCCGACAGCUGACGGAGCCCGGGGCCGAGGGCCCGGCCGGCUCCGAGGCGGAGUGCUCGUCUAUUUGGGCCCGCGCGGAGCGGUGCCGCUGCCGCUUCGAGCCGCCACCUCUGGAGAGGGCCGCCAAAAGGGCCUCGUUCAGGAGGAACAGGUCGACCCUCUCCUCCAGCCCGAAGGGCGACAGCUUCAUAAGGCGGCUGAUGUUCCUCGACGACCAGGAUAUAGGUGAUGGCAAAGUACAGCAUAAUGAGCCCGAAUGCCCUAUCAGUAUGAAUUCCCCAGCGGGGGACAGCAGUGCACUCUAUACUGUUGACGUAGCCAAAUGCAGAGUCGUUGAAGCCGAAAUAUCGGACGACGAUUCCGGAGCCUCGUGCCAUUCCGACAGCGAGGAGGCUUACCAUACCGCCUCGGAGAACGGCGACGGUGACCAGCUCGAAGACGCCAGCGAUCGCGCGCUGGUAGAACCCUUCAUAUACGGUGAGGAACCUACGAAAAUGGAUCGAUUGGUUUAUGAGGCGAUAAUUCAGUGCGAUGUUCCGCUGGAGAAGUUCCCCAACGUGUAUCGCUGGCGGCACACGGUAGCCCUAUACCCGCCAAAGGAGAUGGAGAGAUGGCCGGCGGUGGAUCUCGGCGAGUCUGUGUCGAACGCGUGCGUCUCGCUGACGGGCAGCCCUAGCCGGUUGGGUGGGGUCAGUGCUCCGGGCAGCCCGUAUAGCGGCGUGGGCGUGGGCAGUCCGUGCAUCGUGGGCGACGCACUGGGCAGCCCGUGCGGUGUGGGCGUGGGAGUGGGAUUGGGCAACGCGCCGGGCAGCAACGCCAGUCCGGCGAGCGGGCGCGGCCUCCGCUCUAGGGCGGCGGCGCGCUGCAGCACGCCCAAGCGCGAGUGCGAAGACAACACUGGUCGAACUUUGCCGCUUCAGGUGUCAAACUGGCUCCGUGUUACUGGACCAAAUUCUCCGCGAUCAGCCACAGCCACGAGGAACAUGGGCCAGAAUGUUAGUUUUGGAUUC